UAAAUCAUGAUACGUUUAACAAGACCUUGGUUCCUGACCUACUGACAACAUUACCGAUCAGCGAUUUGGACGAUUUAUUAUCUACAGGUAUCUCAGCUGCCUACAUACGACACUGACGUUUUAGCAUUUUACGGCCGCAAUGUCACCUUAAGCACCGAGUAUCUUUGAUGGGAAGGGUUCACAUGACAAUUUAAACACGAGGGUAGUGAGUAUCUAGGGGACAUCCAUAGACCAUAUCCAGCUGACUAUUGAUAGGUCUAUACUAUGCCUGUCGACAUGACUGCCAAAUGGAACAGAUUUUCGGGUGCUAUGGGCUAUUUCCUGAACCUCCGGGGACUCAAUUAAUUAUGGUAAAAAUGAAAUGAAAUAAUGCUGAAGACAAAACGCCGUCCACUGCUUCCUGCGUCUUGGAUCUUUCACUGCCUGUUUUUAGCGUUAAUCUCGAGUUUCCCACCCAGUGGUUCUUCUAGCCUUGACAUCCGGGCUCAUCCCCUCCAUCCACGUGUUGGUGACCACGUGACACUGACGUGCACGUGGUCCAGUCCUCUGAUACCGAGGCGGGACCCAACAGUCGUCAAACCUACGCUUAGCUUGAUGUGGCUCUAUAAGAGAGGUUUCCCUGUAUUUGGGAGUAGAAGGAUUGGUACCGGAGCCCAACAUUCAAUGGCCAACAUACAAUUACACGAAGAAGGGGUUUACAUAUGUGCUGGUAUCAACGGCGAAAAGGAAGUCUCUCAAAUCUCGUAUAAUCUCGUAUUAAAUACAGAGGGGAAUGGUAGCAAAGAGGUGCUACGUCACGAGUUACGUGGUGACGUAUCAACCCAUCCUAUGACGUCAAACCUCAAUAGCCCUCUGUUGUCUCAUAUCAAACGUCGUGCGAUCAAUUACAAAAAUAUGUAUGUAUCUUUAUCAACAACAAUAUACCCAAAGGAGCCUUUCUCAAUAACCCCUCCGCCCAACAUUGACAGUUAUACGAGAUAUGACUCACCAGAGACCAGCGGAAAUCUUGAGAAUCUACGUGAAGUUAGUAUUUUAUCUGGCAAUCAAACCGGAGAUCAGGAAACGACGCCAGCGGGAGGUGAUCACAGUGACAAGGCUCUCUACCUGGGGAUAGGGUUUGCCUCCGUGGGCACUCUAGCCAUACUGGCUAUGAUUAUAGUUUUAAUAAAGUGCGACAGUUCCAAAAUCUAUAUAUGCGAUGCCUGCAAUAAAAAUCUCCCAGCUAUCGGCUGUUUAAAACCCCAACCCAAGAAACGCCGUAGCAUUCGUUACAACACCAGGCAGGUUUCGAUAGAUCCCUCGACGGUUAGUGAGCCGCAGCCGGUUGAAUUCUACCUAGAAACUAGGUCUCGUCAUGGCAGCAACGCCACAGAGGCAGCUCUCCUUUAUUACAGAAGACAGUCGUCUGACGUCACGUCUGUGACGUCACCGACUACAGCUGACGUCACGUGUCGCAAACAGGGAAAGGGACCGAUGCUUUCUCUACUUGAUGUUAAGGAAUGUGAGGAAAUAGUGUGAUUGUUACAUGUAUCUAUACAUAUUCAAUAUUCUCAUGUAAUUUUGGAUACGUAUGGCUACGCGCUGAUUUCAUUCUAGGCUAGCACUGAUGGUGGUAAAGUUUUUUUCUACGUCUCCACCUAUAAACUUUAAAUAAAAGCAACCAGUAGAGCUUUCGAAACGGGCAGGACUUAAGACCUCUUAGUUAUAAACGAAACAUUUUAGAAUAGUGAGGCGAUAUAUUAUUACUUGUUUCCAAGCUUUGUUUGGUCAUUCGUGAGCGUUCAUUUUUGCUUCCUGUAUAAUAUAAUAUAAUAUUAUUAAACACCGACUGCAGUGACGUAAAAUAAAGGGGUGAGAAACGCUGAACAAUAACGGGGUUAAUAUUUUGGACGAUAAUUUUA